AUGGGGAUCCCGCAAUAUAACGGCGCAUCAGAUCAUGAUGCCCCAAAGAAACCAACAGACACAGAUCAAUUGAUUGCACAUUUUGGUCGUCUUCACGUCCUAGACGACCUCAUCCGUUUACGGGCAGCAGAUCCAAUCCAGCUCCCUAUCCUUGCCUAUCCCAAGCCUUCUCACGAUGAUACGACCUCUUAUGAAUACUUCACCGGUCAAGACCUGGACUGUAUGGUGGACCAAACAGUAUCGACAUUGAUUGAUUAUGGUUUCAAGCCGCCUCGCAACGAUGGAGCCAUCGUUGCCCUCUUCACGCUGUCUGAUCUCAAUAUGGUGGUUACAUUCUUCGCUCUUAGUAGGCUGGGAUACACAGUCAUGAUGCUCUCUCCACGAUUGUCAGCCGCUGCAUGCGUAUCACUUCUAGAUAUGGUCGGUUGUGAUACCAUCCUCUAUGGACAGACACCAAGUAUCCGUGCCACUAUGGGAGAGAUUCUCCGCCUGAAGUUGAUCGCAUGUCGUCCGAUUAUCCAACGACCAGCUCUGGAUGGCUCUGAUGAGACUGAAGUGUUAGUCCUCCGCAAGAAUCGGAAUCCAGAAGUCCAAAAACAAAAGAUCGCUUUGAUUCUUCACUCUUCCGGGUCAACCGGCAUGCCAAAGCCUCUCUAUCUUAGUCACAAAGCCAUCAUGACCCAUCCAAUGCGUGGCCCGGGAUUGACCUCCUUCAACUCCCUCCCAUGGUAUCAUCUCCAUGGCUUAUCAACCGCCUUGCAGGCAAUGUACAUGAGAAAGGUAGCAUAUAUGUGGGAUGCAUCCCUCCCUCUGACGGCAUCAUCAGUCUCCUCGGCCCUCGCGGCCGCGCAACCAGAAUCAGUUCAGGGUGUCCCUUAUAUUCUCCAACUUCUAGUGGAUAGUCCAAAGGGUCUAGAUGCGCUCCGAAAGUGCAAGUUGGUAACAUAUGGUGGUGCACCAUGUCCCGACGAGCUCGGAGAUCGACUCGUGGCAGAGAAGGUUCGUUUCGGUGGCUCGUUUGGUCUAACAGAGGCUGGCCUUGUCGCAGAGUCUAUCUCCCGUCCAGCAGGCGAUCCCUUUUGGAAUUAUAUGAAGUUCUUCGACAAUAUUCGCCCCUUCAUCUGGAUGAAGCCCAUCGGUGCAGAUCUUUUCGAAUGCGUUUAUCUUGCUGGUCACCCAGCACUGACUGCAUCGAAUUCAGAUCAGCCUCCGGGGUCGUAUCAUUCUCGCGAUGUCUUCACACCGCACCCCACCAUUCUUGACCGGUGGAAGUAUGUGACCCGGUUAGACGAUCGUGUCACACUUGUCAAUGGAGAGAAGGUGUUACCUCUUCCUAUUGAGGGAGCUAUAAAACAAAGCCCAUUCAUUCAAGAAGCAGUGAUAAUUGGAGUGGGGAAAUCUGUCCCAGGUCUCUUAGUCUUCCGGUCAGAAGAGACAAAGCACUUCUCAGACGAAGAGUAUAUGGACCUUAUCUGGCCUACAAUUGAAGAUGCAAACUCACGAGCGGAGCAAUUCUCUCAGAUCGCAAGAGAGAUGAUAACUGUUUUACCAGUGGGCUCAAUUUGUCCUCGCACGGACAAGGGGUCCAUGAUAAGAGCGCAGGUAUACGCAAAAUACGCUGAUGUGAUCGAAGACACGUAUACCAGGCUUGAGCAGUCUGCAGCUGGUACUCUUCGGCUUAAUCAAAGCAGUACCGAAACCCAUCUGCUGAGAUUAUGCCGACAAGAGCUUGGAUUUCCUAUCUCCAGCGUGGAUUCCGAUUUCUUCGCCGAGGGUGUUGAUAGUCUAAAGGCGAUCCAUUUGCGUCGGCUGAUACUGAGAGAUUUCCAGAUCACUGACAGUAAAAGCAUCGGUCAGAAUAUAGUGUUCGAAGCAGGCAAUGUCUCUCGUUUGGCAGAGCACAUCCAGGCCGUUCAGAGUGGUCAGGAUACGAAGGCGGAAGAUGAAGUAUCACUGAUGCCAGCACUGGUUGAAAAGUACUCUGCAUUCUACCAGCAUGCCUCAAGUCCGGGCUUAGUAUCAAGUAACAGGGGUGUGAUCCUCACUGGUGCCACUGGAUCAAUCGGCGCACACACGCUCUACAAGCUUCUCAAUGAUGACACUGUAUCCGUUGUGUACUGUCUGACACGUAGGGAUCAGCCAAAGGAAGAGAUCCUGGACGCUCUCGCAAAUAAAGGCUUGGAAGUUCCGGCUUUUCGGACAAAGAAGGUUGUCGCUCUGCGGAGCUAUCUGGACAAGCCUGAUCUGGGAGUUGGCGACGAGAUGCUAGAUGAGAUGAGGCGAUCAGUUUCAUUGAUCAUCCACACAGCUUGGCCCGUCAACUUUAACCUUCCUCUAGUUAAUUUCGAGCCUCACAUUCAAGGGGUGUACAAUCUCAUCCAACUAUCCUUAUCGGUGCAUCUUCCUGCUCCAGCUGUCCUCCUGUUCUGCUCGUCAAUUUCCACAGCUCUUGGUGCUUCAUCCUCCGAAAUCAACGAGACGCCCCUUGAGGAUUUGCAUAGCGCACUUGAAAUGGGGUAUGGCCGUUCAAAGCUGAUCGGUGAAAGGAUUGUGAGCAACGCGAGGAAAUCGGGCGCUCGAGCCUUUUCACUAAGAAUUGGCCAAGUCUCGGGACACUCUAAGAGAGGCCUUUGGAAUGAUUCUGAGGCCAUACCUCUGAUGAUCCGAUCGGCGCUGACACUCAAGGCUCUACCCCGGAUUGAUACCACCUGCUCAUGGCUCCCGGUUGACAAGCUUGCCUGUUCAAUCCUGGAGAUCGCCAAGGCCUGCUCAGUUAACUCGUUUGAAGACCGUCAGGCCAGCCCAUUUAUCGAUGACACUAUCUACAACUUGUCUAAUCCUCGAUCAUUUACCUGGACUGCCUUGCUCGACAGCCUCCGACGGAGCGGAUUCGAUUUCGAAACGGUCCCCUUCGACAGGUGGUUGCAGAUGCUACGCGACAGUGCAUCUCGCGGCGAGGAGCUGAUCAAUCCUGCCGUUAAACUAGUCGACCAUUACGAAUCGAUGUACGGAGAGGACGCCUUGGCGCCAAAGACUUUCAUCACGGAUAAGGCUGAAAGAGACAGUGCCACACUCCGGAAUGGUCGCCUGAGGAUCAUCCAGGAUGGUAUCAUGAAUCGGUAUGCCAAGGAUUGGUUGCAGCGCUGGAAGACCUUCUAGACCGAGCGGCACGUACGACGAGAUGAUUAUAAUGCGGAUUGACGAGAAUCACGACGUUGUCCAUACCUAUUUUGACUGUUGCACAUAGAAUGAACCAACAGUAAUACUAUUAUUCCUGAUUGUUUGUAUUUACAUGUGAGCCGCGGGAGUGAUCACUAGAAUGGCCAUUCACUAGUGAAGCACCAGCAGAUCGAAAAUGAUUUCCACAUGGCUUCGCAGUAUUCCGGGGGGUUACGUGAAGGAAGCGGCAAUCUGUA